CUUGUGGAUGCUCUUGCAACGGAAAAUUCAUUUUGUGAUGAUGAUCCUUGCGUUUGUGCAAAACUAAAAGAAUCUAAAGCAGCUGUGACAUUGCUAAGGAAACGACUAUUAUCAAUUUUCCUUUGGCCAUACCUACUUUCCAAGACGUAUUUCACAGAUGAUCACAAUGCUAUGCUGGAAGAAACUGAAUUCCCAGAAACAGCAAUUCGGGAUAAUCGUCAUGAGGUGAAAAAGAUUUAUAAAAACAGAAGAAAGAAGAAAAAGCGUGGAGUAAAAAAGGGCUCUAAACGUUCAGUUUCUGUGAAAAAGGCAUAUGGAAUUAAAGUUCCACCUGCAGCUGUUUUGAAGAAAACUAAAGAUGUUGAAAUGCAUGCAUCAGAAUUUAUCAAUAGGAGGAAAAGAAUUAAACUGGAAGAAAAAGACUCGAGUGAAAUUGUGCAAAGUAGCACUUCUCCAGGUGGAAGCAUUGUUCCUAGCAGUCCCUUUCCAAAAAAUACUAAUGGAAAUGCUUCUUUGCCUUCGCCCAAUGCUAUGGGGCCAAAAACGAAUCUAAGUUUACCUGCUGUACGUAAGAGGAGUAAAAGAAGGCGUUUGAAGUGAACAAAUUUCCGUUGUUUCUUUGUAUUACUCUUUUAUUAAACCUUACUGUUUUUACAAAAAUAAUUUAAUUUCUAGAGCAAUAUUUUUUUUGUUCGUACUCACAAAUGUGUAUAUAUGUAUAAAAUCAUUUUAAUUUGCUUCAUUAUUCAUUAAUUUAAAAAACUGGUUUUUAUUUUUCUCACAAAGAUGCAGGACCGGAUUUAGGGGAGGGCAGGCGGGGCUACUGUCCCGAAGCCUCCACAACAAAGGGACCCCACAAUAAAAUUUUUACAAAAUAUCCUAACUUUCACGAGUCGAAAAUAUCGGAUAUAUAUACAGUAAAACCUGUAAAGUUGACCACCCUUGUAAGUUGACCACCUGUCUAUUUUGACCGCUUUUGUCAGGAACGGAAUUAGUCCUAACCCAUAUAAUGAAGGAAAACCUCUGUAACUUGACCACCUCUCUAUCUUGACCACUAAUAUUCGCCAAAUUUGGUUUGGAGUAUUGUAAAAAAUCCUUUGUAAGUUGACCACUUGGUUUAUUUUUUUAA